CCUCCCCGUGAUCCCUCAACUAAAGAGGCAACAUCCUCUGGUUGCAGCGAGGGGAAGCUGGCCUCACUGUGACUCUGCGCUCUGCAACAGGUAACACCCCAACUCCAAAUCUCUGAUCCUGAAAUCUCCAAUCACCACUUUUUGGUGCAGGUCAAAUUUCCCUGUCAGGCGUCUCAUGGGAUGGUCUUCAAGGCUCAGAUUCUUUAUCUGCCUGUCCUGAGGAUUUGCCAACCGACCUGAGAGGAGAGGUGUUAUAUUUUUGUUGUGAGAAGAACAGACUGCGCCAAACGAGUCCUUUUAAAAAAAGGACGGGAAACAAAAAAGAGAAAACGCAACGAUGAUGGAACUGAGGAUCCAGCUUAUCCCUACGGGGGAAAUCAUCCUUCCUCCGGGGAAGAACGGAGAAAACUACUGCCACAGCUGCAAGGUGGUGGCGAGUGACGGGGUGCGGGCUAUGAUGGAGUCGGCCCUGACAGCCAGAGACCGGGUGGGGGUGCAGGACUUUGUCCUUUUGGAGAAUUACACCAGCGAGGCGGCCUUCAUCGAGAACCUGCGCAAACGCUUCAAAGAGAACCUCAUCUAUACAUACAUCGGUUCAGUGCUGGUGUCAGUGAACCCGUACAAAGACCUGGAGAUCUACACCAAAAACCACAUGGAGCGAUACCGCGGAGUCAACUUCUACGAGGUUUCACCGCACAUCUACGCAGUGGCAGAUAACUCCUAUCGCUCCAUGAGGACGGAGAGAAAAGACCAGUGCAUCCUGAUCUCUGGCGAGAGCGGCGCAGGAAAGACGGAGGCGUCCAAGAAGAUCCUGCAGUACUACGCCGUCACCUGUCCAGCCAGCGAGCAGGUGCAGACGGUCAAAGACCGCCUGCUGCAGUCCAACCCCGUGCUGGAGGCCUUCGGCAAUGCCAAGACGUUGCGUAACGACAACUCGAGCCGCUUUGGCAAGUACAUGGACAUUCAGUUUGACUUCAAGGGUGCCCCGGUUGGAGGCCACAUCAUCAACUACCUGCUGGAGAAGUCCCGCGUUGUCCACCAAAACCACGGGGAGCGGAACUUCCACAUUUUCUAUCAGCUGAUCGAGGGAGGCGAGGAGGACCUGCUGAGACGCCUGGGCCUGGAGAGGAACCCUCAGCAGUACCAGUACCUGGUCAAAGGUAACUGUCCCAAAGUGAGCUCCAUCAACGACCGCAGCGAUUGGAAGACGGUGAAGAAAGCCUUGACCGUGAUUGGCUUCAACGAGGACGAGGUGGAGGAGUUGUUGAACAUAAUUGCCAGUGUGCUCCACCUGGGGAACGUGCAGUACGGCGGAGAAGAGGGCAACGCCUGCAUCACCUCUGACACACAGAUCAAGUACCUGGCCAGGUUGUUAGGAGUGAAUGGCAGCGUGCUGACAGAGGCACUCACACACAAGAAGAUAAUUGCCAAGGGAGAGGAGCUGGUGAGCCCACUGAACCUGGAGCAAGCGUCAUCAGCGCGGGAUGCUUUGUCCAAGGCGGUGUACGGUCGCACCUUCACAUGGCUGGUUAACAAGAUCAACACUUCACUGGCAUACACGGACGACUCCUACAAGAAUUGUUCGGUCAUCGGUCUGCUGGACAUCUACGGCUUUGAGGUCUUCCAGCACAACAGCUUUGAGCAGUUCUGCAUCAACUACUGUAACGAGAAGCUGCAGCAGCUCUUCAUCGAGCUCACCCUCAAGUCAGAGCAGGAGGAGUACGAGGCCGAAGGCAUCACGUGGGAGCCGGUGCAGUACUUCAACAACAAGAUCAUCUGUGACCUGGUGGAGGAGAAGUUUAAAGGCAUCAUCUCCAUCCUGGACGAGGAGUGUCUGAGACCCGGAGACGCCAGUGAUCUGACCUUCUUAGAGAAGCUGGAGGACACCGUGGGAGGACACCCGCACUUUGUCACUCACAAGCUGGCUGAUGCAAAGACCCGGAAGGUAAUGGGACGAGACGAAUUCCGACUGCUGCAUUACGCUGGAGAGGUCAACUACAAUGUCAACGGAUUUUUGGACAAGAACAACGACCUGCUCUUCAGGAAUCUGAAAGAGGUGAUGUGCAUGUCAGAGAACAAGAUCCUGAACCAGUGUUUCGACAGGGAGGAGCUGAGUGACAAGAAGCGUCCAGAAACGGCAGCCACUCAGUUCAAAGCAAGUCUGGCGAAACUCAUGGAGAUCCUCAUGUCGAAGGAGCCGUCGUACGUCCGCUGCAUCAAGCCCAAUGACUCAAAGCAAGCAGGUCGCUUUGACGAGGUGUUGAUCCGUCACCAGGUCAAAUAUCUGGGGCUGAUGGAGAAUCUGAGGGUGAGGAGAGCCGGCUUUGCUUACAGACGCCGCUACGAGGUCUUCCUCCAGAGGUACAAGUCUCUGUGUCCAGACACGUGGCCUAACUGGCAGGGGAAACUGUCUGACGGAGUGGCCACACUGGUCAAACACCUGGGAUACAAGCCUGAGGAGUACAAACUGGGCAGAUCCAAAAUCUUCAUCCGUUUCCCAAAGACGUUGUUUGCCACCGAGGAUGCACUAGAGACCAGGAAACACAGUCUCGCCACAAAGCUGCAGGCGGGAUGGAGAGGCUACAGCCAGAAGUCCAAAUACCAAAAAUUCAGAACCUCAGCUAUUGCCAUCCAGGCGUGGUGGAGAGGGAUCCUGGCGAGGAGGAGAGCCCAGCGCAGGCGACAGGCGGCCGAUACCAUCCGCAGGUUCAUCAAAGGCUUCAUCUACCGCCACAGAGAGCGCUGUCCAGAGAAUGAGUACUUCCUGGAUUAUGUGCGCUACUCUUUCCUCAUGAAGCUGCGCAGGAAUCUGCCCAAAAACGUCCUGGACAAGAGCUGGCCGACACCUCCAGCCGCUCUCACCGAGGCGUCGGAGCAUCUGCGUAAGCUGUGCAUGCAGAACAUGGUGUGGAGCUACUGCAAGAAGAUCAGUCCUGAGUGGAAACACCAGAUGGAGCAGAAGAUGAUCGCCAGUGAGCUCUUCAAGGACAAGAAAGACAACUACCCUCAGAGCGUGCCCAAACUGUUCGUCAGCACAAGACUCAAUGGUGAGGACAUUAACCCCAAAGUGGUUCAGGCUCUGGGCAACGAGAAGAUGAAGUAUGCAGUGCCAGUCACCAAGUACGACAGGAAAGGCUACAAGGCUCGGCCCCGCCAGCUGCUGCUCACCGCCAACAGCGCCGUCAUCGUGGAGGAGGGCAAACUCAAGCAGCGCAUCGACUACGCAGCUCUGAAAGGAAUCUCAGUCAGCUCUCUCAGCGACGGCUUGUUUGUUCUGCACGUGCCCAGUGACGACAACAAACAGAAGGGAGAUGUGGUUCUGCAGAGCGACCACGUGAUCGAAACCCUGACCAAGAUUGCGAUCUGUGCCGACAAAAUAAACACCAUCAACAUCAACCAGGGCAGUAUAAAGUUUACAGUGGGUCAGGGGAAAGAGGGCAUCAUCGACUUCACGCCCGGAUCAGAACUGCUGGUGGCCAAGGCUAAGAACGGACACCUGUCUGUGACGGCUCCCAGAUUAAACUCCAGAUGAUGGCCACCCUGACCACACUCACGCACCCACGUACUCCUGCCCUCUCCCAUCGUCCAAUCACAUGACCGCAGACCCCGCUCUGCCUAAGCCAAUCAGACGCCAGCUACACGGGUGGCAUGUGCUUCCAAUUUAAAAAAAAAAAAAAAAAUAAAUAAAAAUCCAGCAAAACUAAUUGAUAUAUUUAUGUUUAUAUAUUAUAUUUUUGGGAUUAAUACUGUUGCUGUUUGAAUAUUCUGAUUUUUAUAUAUGAGGCCAAGGAAUAACAAAUAUUUUGGCGCAUUUUUCUUGCGCCAUGCGUGUUUAUUGUGCUUUAUUUUGGGAACAUGACCAAGAAAACAAUGAGGGAAGAGUCAGAACAAGAGACAACAAUGAGAAGACGGGGACUGUUGUUGAUGAAAAUCAGGGUUAGUUGUUGCCCGUUGCCUCUUUUUUUUCCCUGUUUACUUUCUCCGCUCGACUUAUAGGCUUGACUGUUGCUGACGCGACUUUAACUCGGGUGGAAAGCUUGUCAUUGAGGCGUGAAGGUGAGUAGAACAAGGCUGACGGUAUGUAGGAUAGCUGUGAGGAGUUCAGGGGACGAGGACGAACAACUUUUCAGUCAAAUGGUGACGCGUUGGCACAGAAACGCAGGCGGUGUCAGACGGAAAACAGUUAGAUGUGCUACUGAAUAUAUAUCUGUUUGUGCAGCGCUUGGACGAGAAGGACGCCUGUCACGAGGGAUUCAAUUCAUAAUAUAAACAGCACGCGGUGUUAAAGUACGUGAGAAGCGGGUGAGAAAAGGCAAGAGAAAGGUGAGAAGAUAGAUGCAGGUAUUUGCCUUGACGCCAGGUGCUUGUGCCUUCCUCUUUGACUAAUUUAUUCGUGAGUUGAGCUGUAUGUUGACGUAUGAAAACCAUGACACUCAAUGCCAGAAUGAGUCGAGUUAAGUGCAGAUAGAAAUCCUCGGACUGAAUCUUGUUCCAGCUGCCUGUACGGCGGUCUUCGCGUGUUCAGAACCACGUAACCUGCUCCGAUCUCCGCAGUCGGCUACAUUUCCUCCGUUUUUCCUCCUCUCCUCUCUGCUUUGUUUCUCCCGCCUCCUCCCUGAUCUGCCUGUCUGCAGGAGAACUGGGUUUUCUUUCGGGAUAUGACUGACAGAUAUGAAAGUUAUAUUGAUAAAAGAAAGCACAUUUGUGCAUUUUCAAAAAUGUCAAACUAUUCCUUUAUUGCCAGGAAAAAUAAUCCAGAAAUUUGCCUAUUUUUGUGGGUGGGAAACUUCUGAAAUAGCGCCUAAAUUGUCACGCGACACCAAAAAAAACCCAAAAAACAGUAAAAUAUUUCACCAGUUCAGGCUAAGGGCCUCCUGUACUCCUGCUCUAUCGUAAAUAUCUUCAUCUAACUUUGACCAAAGACUGAUCCUGAAAAAGUUGUGUCAUUGAAAACCUUUUAGAGGAGCUCCAAAAUGUUUCCAAGUUUUUUUCCUCUUCUUUUGCUGCUCAAUGACAGAACUUUUUCUCCGCAUGGCUGUGGGUGGCGAGGCGGGAGCACGGCGCCCAGGCAGGACUGUGCCUCUGCACUUAAAAUAUACUAGCCAAAGACCCUGUUGAUUUCUAGUGAUUCUGAGUUUGUAUGAUUUAUAUGAUGUUAUUAUGUCAGUUCUGAAUGUUGUUUUUUUCAGGAGGGAGAUCUCGAUGUACAGCUUGUGUUAUAAAUGAGCGAUUCAAGCCAAGUGGGGUUUGAUGAUGUGAAACAUUUGGGGAGAAAAAGCUUCUAGUAUUGUUUGUCGACGCAAACUUGUUCACGUGCCUUGUUGGAGAGCAAUACAACAGAUCUGUGUGUGAGAGAAAUACCUCCUUUGCCAGAGUCCCCGGCUGACGACGCUCGUCGGGCCGUUUCUAAAAGUUCCCCAGCAGCUCCUAAAGGUUUCCUCCCGCUGUGUGUAUAAGCUUUAUUCAAACCAAAUCCCAAGUUUGUCUAUUGAUUCUACUGAUGCACUCCUGUUAUCAGUCCUGACUUACUGUAUGCACCAAACCAAUGUAUGAUUAUACCAACACACUAAAAGAUAAGAUACUAAAGAUUUGAAAAAUAAAUUUGAAAAGUAAAUAUGAA